AAAAUAAAAGGGAAAGAAACCAUAAAGACAAGGAUAAUCUCAUAAUUGGGAGGGAAAAAAAAAAUCAAACGCAAAUCUGCUAAACUAUGUGGGGUAAAUAUCAGACAAUCAAAUUUAUUGGGGUUAAUGUUGUAAAUAAAAAAAGAUAGAUUUCUUCAACCUCCAGUUUACGCGCGUCAAUCAUCGUACUUGCACUGCUUUUCCACCCCUCGUCAAAAAAACACGUGGCCCCCACGAUCUAUUCGGUCCUCGCUCCACUGCUCGACAAAGAAAAAGAGGGGAACCGGAAAAAGAAAACGUCGUCGUCAAAGUCUUCGCCGUCUCAGAAAUCCGUUCUCUUUCUCCGUAAAACCCCCCUUUCUUUUCUUCUCUCUAGGGUUUAGCGUUCAUCGUUUUCCUCAAUCCGAAAGCAAUUUCUCAGCACCGGGUUAUGCAAUUGUAGAAUGGGGGAGAAAUCAAAGAAGCCAAGAAAGAAUUAUGUCAGCGAAGUUGACAUCGCCACUCUUCUACAGAGGUACAAUGCGACGACGGUGCUGACGUUGUUGCAAGAGGUGGCUCAAGUUCAAGAUUAUAGAAUUGAUUGGGAUUUUUUGGCGAAGAAGACUACCACGGGAAUAUCUAACCCUAGAGAGUACCAAAUGAUUUGGCGUCAUUUGGCUUAUCGCGAUACUUUGCUUGAUAAAGUCGAUAAUGUUACUCAACCUCUGGAUGAUGAUAGUGAUUUAGAAUGUGAACUGGAAGCUUUUCCUGCAGUAAGUAGUGAUGCACUCGCUGAAGCUGCGGCUUGUGUGAAGGUUUUAAUUGCAUCGGGUGGGCCAAGUGAUCCCACAGGGUCCACAAUGGAAGCUCCCUUAACUAUAAACAUACCCAAAAGCCAGAUGAGCAACGCCCCUGACAGUUUGCACUCAAAUGCAUUUGCUCUAGGGACAAACAUUACGGUCCCGAUUUCUGUACAAAAGCAGUCAAUCACUUCUGCAUCAAGUUCUGAAGUAGUGGAUUCAACUAGUGCAGCAAAUGCAAAUUUGCCUAGGCGUAAGAGAAAACCAUGGUCAACCGCAGAAGACAUGGAACUUAUAGCUGCUGUGCAGAAAUGUGGUGAAGGGAACUGGGCAAAUAUCUUAAAGAGUGAUUUUAAGGGAGAUAGAACAGCCUCACAACUAUCUCAGAGGUGGGCCAUUAUUAGGAAGCGAAAGGUUAAGCAGACUGUUGCUUCCAGCUCACAGCAUGCUGAGGCUCAGAUAGCUGCUAAUCGAGCUGUGAAUCUAGCUCUUCAGGAUGUCGUGAAAUCACCUCCUUCAAUUAUGUCAGGGACCAAUGGAAAUUCUGGACAAUCUACCGCUGCCGAAACUUCGUCUGCUUUCACUGCCAAGGCUGCAGCACAACCUGACGUAGUGGUUGCAGGACAGCAGAGUGGUUUAUCAAAAUCUCGAGGGGCAGCACCAAAGAAGCCAACUACAAAAGCUACUCUAAGUCCAGAUUCAAAGCUGAAAGCAGCAGCAGCUACAAAAGCUACCAUAAGUCCAGAUUCAAUGCUUAAAGCAGCAGCAUUUGCUGCUGGAGCACGGAUUGCCACAGGAUCAGAUGCUGCAACACUGCUAAAGGCUGCUCAAUCUAAGAAUGCUCACCAUAUUAAGCCUGGAGUGCACUUCUUUCGUACUGGCAUGGGGCCAAAACCACUUUCUGCUCAUUCAUCAUCCCCAGGAAACCCACAAGCUGGUGGAAUUCAACAAGUGCCAGGUCCUACAAAAAUGGCAACACCCAUAAUCCAGCCCAUUUUGGCUGCCACUGCCCCAGGAUCUACUACAGCGGCUCAAGUUAAAAGUGCCACCAUUCCGCUCUCUACUUCUAAGGUUGACGGAAAAGCUGAGGAGGAUUCUACUUCCAUUAGUACAGCCAGCACCGUAAAAGAGCAGCUGGUUGAACACCAGGCUGGUGUUCAGCUCCGCAGGCCGAAUGUACAAACAAAAGGUGAGGAGACUUCUUCCCCAGGCACUGUAUUGAAAGAUGCCCCACAGGAUCAAGGAAACCUUGGGACUUCAAUUAGGGAUCAACUCGAGGGAGGACAAACUCUAGUUUUGGUGAAGCCAUCCGAAGAGCCGACUUCAGGGGAUAAGGUUUCUGCCACAGCCGAUGCUCUUAUCCAACCAGCACAAGAAGGGUUCAGCGAUGCUCCGAGCUUUGAUGUGGCAGGUAGCAAUGGACACGUUGGCCAAGAGGCAACAACCAAGUCUGAGGGCACAAGUAAGGAUAAUGUGGAGCAUGCCUCUGUUGAAGAAACUUUUGAUAACAAUGAGGAAAUCAGUGAGAUCAAGAAUACGACGCUGAACGAAGAGGACCCUGUUCCCAUGGAUAUAGAUGGAAAUGCUGGACUGAAGAAUGUGAAAGAACCCGAAGUGCAAAAUGGCUUGCCGGCAUGAAACUGUCGACCUAUUAUUCUUCUGUACUUCGACUCUUUUAUUUGUAUGUAAUUGUGCAUGAAGCAGUUGGUCAGGUUAGGUUAGAUAGCUAGUGAAGGCUUGAGUGUCUGUGUUAUAUGUGAAUAGUCUAGCCCUUUUUUGAUUAGUUUGUAAAUAAUUGGAGCCUUGAGGGUAGUCUAAUAUAUGCAGGGAAUUUUGAUGCUAUAUUUUAAUGUUUAUCUCUAUUCAUUAAUUAUUCUUUUUGCAAUGAAAUGUUCUGG